AAGCACUUGAGCCCCUCCACGCUCUAUUUGACAAGACUACCACUUUGCCAGCAGGCACUUUUCCUGAAGGGCAUGGCGAUCAAAGCUAGCACUGGUAGCAGAGCCCCAGCUUUCUGGUUGCGCUUGGCACUGCUACACGCAUUUCUUUUGGACAGGUCUGCUGCGAGCUUCGCGAAAAGCGGCACGGGUCCUUCCGUGGUUGCCACAAGUGGAUCCUUUAGCCCACCAGACCUGUCCGAGCCCAAUGAGUUGGACCUUCUCGAUGACUCAGAGAUGCCUGGCGUGCCACAAGAGCAGGAGCUGCGCAGUGAUUUCAAUGAAGAUGUCAGAGACAAGGAGGAACAGGUGCGCAGCAGAUGUCAGCACGAUGCCAGUGGACGGAGUUCCUCAAGAGCGAGCACCUGUGGGCCUUUCUCUCCUUCAUCAUAGGUUAUGUUAUUGUCCAGUAUGUGUUGGGAGGUAGCAGAAGAGACCCUCACACCAAAGAGGAGUGAGAUGCUGGUCAGAGCCAACCUCCUAGUUGUAAGAUGAUGUAUGAUGUCUAUAGAAAUGCGGGCGGUCGCAUUUGACGCCCAGACCAAGCCAAAGAGCUUGCUGCAAGCCUGUGGCGACCGGGAGAUCUUUGGUCAGGUUUGGGUUGAACCCGGAACUUUACAGCUUGGAACAAA